CAUAAACUUGUUCGAUGGGGGAUGGUGUACUAUCACACCAUAUAACCCUCAUGGGGCUCCAGGGGUUGGUCGUGGAGAUGAAGCUACGCGCACAAACACACUGCACUUUCUUUUAUUAUAUAACAUUGAUUUUUAUAUCCUGCUGCAUCAGUGAAUUUCUAGCGCAAAAGUGUCACGAUAUUGGAGAAGCUGCAUAUAUGAUUGACUGGCAUCAACUUCCAGCAGAAAAAGCAAUGAAUUUGCAAAUGAUUAUGAAUAUAUCUGUACGUCUCGUGUAUCUCACCGCUGGAAAAUUCAUGAAACUGUCCUAAAGAACUUUUAAUGAUACAUUAAAAGCAGCAAUGACAUAUUUAAAUAUUCCACAAGCAUUGACAAUUCGUUCAUAUUUGAUGGUGCCAUUUAUUUAUUGGUCUUAACCUUUUUGAAACAAUUUACAUACAAUUGAAAAUACUGGCUGUACAAAAAGAAUGAUAAAACAAUAAAAUUGAGCUAAAGCAAAUUCAUGGUAUACUUUGUAACGUAUUUUUUUCUUAACUCGACACCGACAGCGAAAAAUCCGAGAACUAACCUAGGUUACCUUCGGCCGU